AUGGCCAGAUUGGGGAAACGAGGAGCUGCUAGGCAUGGUGGAGGACAAUUAUCAUUAUGGCUUCCGGUUUCAUUACCAUCUGAUAAACAAACACAGGCUGGUGCUAGUGGUGGUACAUCGCCACUUGCACAAGAGUAUCAUGGUUCCAAGAGUGUGCAUAUUGUUCCUUUGCCAAAGGGACAUGUUGAACAUAUUGUUGAGUCAUCCUCAACGAGGAGGAAACGGGGACCAACCCGAAAUAUUGCUCUUGCCAAAAAAAAGCAAGUCGGUGAGAAGCUUAAUAUUGAGAUGCCAGAAGAGCUUAGGCAAAUAGUAGGAUUGGAAUGCCAACCACUUAUAAAAGAGUUGGGAUGUAUUGUUCGGAAGCAUGCACCUAUUCAAGUGACAAAAUGGGCAAAGAUUGACAAAGCUGAUCGAGAGAGUUUACUCCAAAUGGCCAAGGAUGAACAGGCGUGCCACAGGAAGAUUGGAAUUAUCUUUGUUCUUACUUUUUCCUCUGAUGAAUUUAAGAAAAGGAGUGCUCAAAAUGCGAGGGAUCGAGCAAUGCAAAACACUCCUCAUGUAACUGGGACAAAGUCUUUUGCCCGGAUGGGUGUUGAAAUGACUGCUCAAACUGGUGAAGUGCUUGGGCCAAUUGAGUUAUAUAAGAUAACUCACUAUAGUAAUAAGAAACACUUUUGGGUGAAUGACUAUGUACAUCAUAACUAUGAGCAAAUGGUGGAGCUUCAAUCGCAGCCCAUAGAAGAGAAUGAAGCACCAGUUUGUGAGGAGGAAAUUUGUUCAGAGGUUCUUGGACAUAAGUCAGGGUACAUACGUGGUCGUGGGCAUGGUCCGAAGCCUAGCCGAUCCUUAUCUAAGCACCACAAUAAAUUGAAGUUGGAGGCAGCUAACAAAAUGGCCAAUGAGUUGGAAGAAAAACUUAGUGCUCAACAAAAGGACAUGGAAGUGAUUAAGGCUACUCAAAAGGCAACAAAAUGA